UUGGGCUCAGGACGCAGUGGUGGGUUUGGGACUGUGUGAAUGAAUUCAUUGCUAUGGUAGAGAUUUGACAGGUCAAAGCGACUUGACUCCAAGACAUAUUUUUACAACCGAGAAACAUCACUACUGACAGGAUUCAACAAGUAUCUUGGACCAUCGGAGGAAAAUAUUCUACUCGAUGAACUUUCGGUACUAACCCGGAAGUAAACGACGGAAUCUUCCCACGCGAUGACUUCACACUCCUCGUAGCAUCGUCAUAUAUAAAUCCCCGCUUAUCAGAACCAUUUAAGGAUGUCAGUGGAUCGUAUAUAAAUAUGAGAACCUAUUGUAAUUCCCGGAAACAGGACAGCGUGGGCAAAGUGGAGGACAUAUUGUUGAAUAUUUUGCCAUCUUGACAAACCUUAGGCAGCUGAAUUGUGUGUUGGUGAAAUUCGAUUUUAACUGGAUACAUUUUAUCGAAUUUUAAUAUUAACUGAUAUUGAAUGGACUUUGAAUUUCACCUGUGGAUUUUACAGAAUAUUUCCCGGAUCCAUUCGUUCAAAUCCAAGCACAUGACGUAAAUUCAUUUCAGAUAAAAAGACUAAUAAUCGCCAAAAUAGGUAUAUGUUUCAUUAUCCGGAGGAUAUUUCACUCUGAAAGGACGUCUACUGUUAAUUGCACGCAAAUACAAAAUGUCAAAUUGUGAGCUGUGAGUCAACCUGUUGUGACGUUUUCUUCUCAACUGUUGCAUUUAUUAAUCAAUCGUUCGUCACCGCUAUGCCGUGUAACAAUGGAUAUGUCCGACUCUUUCUCUUUUCAAUAUUCACGUAUUUCACGUGCUUGUGGGAAUUAGCCUAUGGGAGAGCUCGUCUUAUAGAGCCUACGAUGAGAUCGAGUUUAUGGAGGCUAGGCGAUGUCAACGUGCCAAUGAACUAUCUCGAUGAGCUGUUGAAUUGUGGUGGGUUUUAUGAACAAUGGCAAAACGCCGCUGGACGAUGCGGCGCGUGCGGUGACGCAUACAAUGACGUCAUCAAGCAAAACGAAUAUCCUGGGAUCUACUCCAAACAGGCUCCGAUUAAAACAAUCCAAAUGGGACAGAAGUUGAACGUGACUGUGUACACUAGACAGAAUCUGCUCGGCUACUUUGAGUUCCGACUCUGUCCACGUCAAGAAGGUCCUGUUGGUCCAAACCUUGAGACAUGCUUCAAAACGCAUCCGGCAUUAGUAAUUGAGGAAACUAAUUCUACUCGCUAUUACACCGGAAGCGGAAGGGAGUAUUAUGACAUGCAUCUGCGUAUGCCUGAGGGACUGAGCUGUCAGAUCUGUGUGUUACAGUGGAAGUAUCACACUGGGUACCGCAUGGGUCGAGACCACAACGGGUGUAAAGAAUGCCUCGGGUGUGGACCCCAGGAAGAGUUCAUCAACUGCGCAGACAUCCGAAUCCUUGGCGGGUCGAACAGCACGACCAACGGUCACGACAACGGACAUGGUUCCAUCGGUCGCAGUGGUAACAACCACGACACGACAGUGACCAACAACAUCAAAUCUGGCAUCGUCUACACCUACCCCCGGGCUGGUUUGCAUUACGCCUACGUCAAACCCAACACCCAACCUUCCUCUCCCACCACGUCAUCAACCACGACAACACCAACCACGACCGUAUCUACUACAACUACAACGACUACCACACCAACUACAACCACUCAAACAACGACUACAACAACACAGGCCACAACGACUAUGACGACAGCGAUGACUACAACUGCAAUAUCCCAAUCUUUUGCAGCGUCAUCAACUGCAUCCUCUCCACCGCAGAACACAACACAGCAGCCUUGUAACGAAAGGUUUAGGAACAUAAUCUGUGGGCCAGCGAAACCCCAACAGUCCGUUAAAGGAAUGUACGGGUGGUGUAGUCGACAUUGUCGGGCCGGAAGUUGCCCUGACCACUAUUGUAUGUGCUUUUGUGAGUACCCGGAUGGCGCCCAGGUCCAUCUAAAUAGCAACUAUUAUGUCAUGAACAGCUCUUUUCCGAAGACCGGAUUUCCAGUAAAAACAAUGUGUUAUGUUCCUACAGGACAGUGGCGUUCGAACCCUGGUAUGAAUCUUUGGUGUCAGAUGAAUUGUCCCGGCGCUUCAUGUGAACGUGUGUGCGUCCGGGCAGUUUGCAUUUGAGAGUUAUCUCCCCUAAUGUCCUUCAAAUAGCAUCCUUGAUACGUUUGUGGAAGAAACAGGUCGUGUGACUGACUCGGGACUGCUACGCUGGCUUGUCUAAUUGGGAAAUGCGUGGCUUUUGGGGGAAGACCAUUAAUUCGUCCCGCCUCACCAUCAAGCGCCCGUUGGGAUAGGGUUGGUUAGAAUAGGCCCCUAGAAUCCAUUACCGGUCGUAAAUGGCGACUAAAGUGGAUCAGGUGGCCAGGAUCUGUAACCUGACUGAUUACGUGUCAUCGGCCCAAUGGCGUGGAUCGGUGUUCAUGUUUUCAGUCACUGGUUUGCGUGGACCAGACUCCAUUAUAUAGAUGUCCCCGUGACAUAGCUGGAGUGCGGCGAAAAGCGACAUUCACUCACUCAUCAAUCCAGAUGUUCGUGCGAACAGAGACCAUGUGAUUUACUAGAGCCUGUGUGUAGCUAACACGAUCGGAACGAUCUCAAGGGACACUUCAGCUAACUUUAGAUUACUUUAGCGAUCUCAGUUGGUGUUUUUAUUUUAUUUUAUUUUAUUUUAUGGGGUUGGCUCCUCAUGCAUGUUGUCCACUUGGCAUUAUCAAACAAUUCUCAGUUGAGGUGAGGUAACCCUUCUCGUCAAUACGUACAGUUGUCAGACAGCUGGUGUUGCUCAAAGGUCAUCGCAUGGUGCUUUCAUUGGAGUAACUUCCCUUUGGUGUUUCCAAUUCCUUGAUUGUUUCCAUAAUUCAGGAAUAUUCAUGAACGAAAACAGUAAGAGAUCAUGAAUAUUUUUGGGGAUAUUUGUAUAAAAUUGUGUGCUCAGUCUUCAAUAGAAAAAUUAUCCCCAAAAUGGUAAUGAUCCCUUACUUAUUUUCUUCAGUAUUCAUCUCUCACGGCGACAGUGAGCCACUUGUGCAUACAUCUGUGUAACAGUCAAGCACUAUUUCUGUGUUUAUAGCGAGCCUAGUUCUGAUAUUUGUAUAUCGGAUAUGCUAAAAACAAUCCUAAUGGUGAGCCAGGAUAAGUUGCGUUGUGACCUAACAAUUAACCUUGUAUGGCUAUGUAUGAGGUCCGCCCAUUGGCGUGUACCAUUGUGAAGAAAGGGGUAGCGGGUGGUCCGCGACAAGUAGUUCAAUUGAUAUGUGCGUGUCCUGUCUUGGCUAACGAGUUCCACUGAUUCCCGCGUGUUGUUAUAGCUUCAUCGUUUCUUUACUAGAUUACUUAAUCUGAGUUCAAUGGAAGUUAGUAAUCACAUUCUCUGAGUUCAAUUUUAACAAUUUUAGUAGAUUAUCUCUUUCUUUAUUUUUCCGUCUCACGAGUUCAACGGAAGUUAGUAAUCACAUUCUCUGAGUUCAAUUUGUUUUAUCUCUUUCUUCACUUUUCCGCCUCACAACACCCCAGUGUCCUCAAUGUAUAAGUGUCCGUUGUAUACAUAACGAGGGUACACAUCACUGAUCUUUUCAUUCGCCUUCCCGGUCCCCAGUCCCUUACCCCUCCAUUCGCCUUUCCGGUACUACUGGUAAAUAGAUUUUCGACUUCCCGGGCCGACACCGAAAACAGUGACAGGAAAUUUGCACAGAUAACAACAGUCAACACACACCUUUGUCACGAGCGAUGCUCCUGCUCUUAUGCGCUUGGCAAAGCUAGUUUUUGAUAAUGCUUGAGAUAUAUUUGUACACUCUUUCUCCAUGUAAUUCAUGAAUUACACGCUAAUUAUCGAGCCUGUAUGAUUUGGCCAUGUUUACCAAACCUUGACAUGUUUUUUGUUUGUAAUAUUUCUCUGAAACGACUUUUAGAAAAUUCUGGUAUCGACUUGUCACGCUGACCUCUAAACGGCCUAUGAGCAACACGCGUGUUCAUGGGAGCGUUGUCCAUUUCAUCAUAACCCGCACGUGCAGAACAUGCGUACACCCUCUCUACCUGUAACAAACCAAAUAUGUUUGCCCAAAAUCUGUGCACCGCCUACUUGUCUCAAACGCGUUUUGUGAGUUGAUUCAGCUUAUCCUGGCUUACCAGCUACUGGUAGACACGCGUGAGACAACCUCAACCUGCCACUUGACCCCUGGGGUGUGCUGGAUACACGAUGGAAAGGGGCGUUUUCCUGGAACCAGCGUGACAGUACCUUUCAAAAGCAAUAUGACAUAAAUACAGUAUAGGUUGUAAUCUGGAAUAUCACUUUGUCUUUCAAUAAAUCGGCAGCUCGAUAUUUACGCUCCGGACGCAAGUGUUAACUCGCAUUUGGUACAUAUUGCAUGUGGAACAUCCACAUUAAUUCAUUGUGCACGUGCGUAACGUGUACUUUCACAUCAACCCGAAAACAAACUGAAUGAACUUGGCCAAGUCACGGGAACCGCUACUUCUACUCUCGGUGAUACGUCGGUGUCCUCCAUUGCGUAUGUUAUGACAACGGGUUAUUUGAGAGUAUUGGUUGAUGCAUGUCAUCGUUUCCUAAUUGUGUACAUCGAUGCUCGUGUUGUCAAUCACUAGAUUGUUAACUUCGGUCCAGAUACGAUUAUUUACAGACUGCCCGUAUUUCAGAAAAAAUAUUGCUGAUAAUUUAAGAUAAGGUGCACCUUCAUGACCAAUUAGAGAUAAACACUUUUGCUUUUAUGGUGGGAAUUGGCUGCGAAAUUCACAUUCUAAAUAGUCCACAAUGCAUUUGCUUUGGGUUUGUAGAGGGCUGCUCCAUGGUGGGUAUUCAUUGAGAGUCUAUAGCGAGACUCUUGACCUCCCUAUGGUUAAGAAUAAUUAUUAAUAUCAAUUAUUCCGAUACGACCGUAUGCAGGUUGUUGCCAAAUUGUGUUUAAUUGAUUAUUUAAUAAUAAUAAAUAAUUAAUGAUAAUCGUUUAUUUUAAUACAUAACUCAUUUGUAGGUGCAACGUUGUAACAUAUAUUAUGUAACAAAAGUGUGAUCAUAUUCGUGUGUUAUCAUGUGUUUUGGUUAAAACGCUUCUUCUAAUUGUCUUAAUCUUUGGUAUACUGGUGAGAAUCGGUCAUCAGCAAUCCAUGCUUGAGGUGUCUGGUCCACACUUGAUUAUUUAUAAACCAUAUAGCUGGAAUAGUGCGGCGUCAAACAACAAACAAACAAAACUGGGGCAGUGGUGUUUAUAUUUCAGAAGAUUUAUUAUCAUUGUUUCAUAAAAUUCAGUGUACGAAUUUAAACAUCGUCAAGCUUUUUAAACUCUUUAUUAUACUCUAUUGGGUUUGAAGAGUUCCGUGAUAUAACUGAAAAACUGUUCCAAAUGGCGUUAAACUCGACUACCUCACAGACAUGAAAACACCUGUGUGGUUUCCAGCAAUCCAUGCUUGUCAAAAGAUUUGUUUGUGUUGUUUGUUGUUUUACGCCGCACACAAUAUUCGAGCUAUAUGACUGCGGUCUAUGAAGCUGCGUUAUUAAUAGACAGUGUGGUCAGGCUCGAUGACGUGAUUGAUUGCAUGCCAUCGUACUCCUACAGCGUGAUCGUCAAGACUCGAUUAUUUACGGGCUGUUGCUGUUUGCGGAGUUAGAGGAUGAAUCAAACAAGUCAAUAUCAUAUAAAUCCAUAUUAAAGUUAACUACGGUUAUAACGAACUCAAAGGGACCGCUUAAUUUAGUUCGUUAUAACUGUAGUUCGUUAUAAGCAUAUAUAAAGCAAAUGGCUGGGACUAAAAAAAGUUCGUUAUAUCCGUUUGUUCGUUAUAAGCGAGUUCGUUAUAAAGGUAGUACUGUAAUUAUUAUUUUUCAGUCAUUAAUGAAUUGAUAUGAUCACAAUUACUUUUGUUUAUGAGUGAAUGACAUGCAUACCUUCUACGUAUACGUUUUUGAUUUGCUUCAUAAUUGUCACCCAUGAACGAAAGAAUUGCAGGUUUCUGACGGUGUUUAGGUUAAGCAAUAUUCACAUGAACAGCGGAUAUAAAGUGCGUUGCGUCCCUUGGGCGUGCCAGAAUCCUAUGGUCGUUGGUUUAAGUCCCACUUAAACAUAAUUAUUACCCUUGGUUUGUCAGCACCAUACCCGUGAUCGUGUGUUUCGUAAAAGUGGUAAACGUCUUAAUUGAGUCACCUUGAGCUUUCCUCCCACUUUAAGCUUACACGACGUGAUAUUACUAAAAUGAUGUUCAAAGCGGCAGAAACCACGCCCCUCUCGUUAUACUGUACAGCACACAAUAUAUAUCAUAUAUAUGUACAUUUUGUAUGUUCCUGGCCGAGUGAGAUGUUGCAUGGUGUGUCGCAAUCAUGAAACUGCAAUAGGUACGAUUCAGCCUUUAUUUAUUUACGUGUGUUGGACACAGCUGUAUAUUUUAUCAAUAAAAGCUUGGAUACUGUGUUGGUUUUUGUCUAAAAUGUUUUUGAGCCUGAAAAUAGCUUGCACGAUCAAAAAGACGUGAAAACCAGCUGGCAAACGUGCUUAUUCGGAAAUCAGAACAGACUGGUUCUAAUGCAAUCCUUUCGGUUCUAUUUACAUAUUCUUUUGCAUAAUUAUAUAGAUAUGCUACUACAACUGCGACAGCGAGGCGCAUGGCAAUAUAUCUUUAUUGCCAGGCGCCGUGUCUAAUUUGUUAUGGGUUUGAGAAAAUUACAUGGGGCAUGUGCCAUAGGGAUGAGUAAUCGUUGGAAAGAUGUAACCAAACUUUUAAAAGAAACCUUAUCUUGGUCUCAAAGUUUGGUUACAUAAUUAUGAAAAUAUUUUUUAAACAUUCCUAACCUUAAAUUAACUCUCAACAUGUUAUGUUAUUCGGAUACAAUCAUAACUAUGGAGCCACGUCCUGUCUUAGACACUCUCAUAGAGGUGUAUGGUCAUGGUUAAACAUAACAAACGCACUCACAACGUUGUGGGUUUUAAUUUUAACAAUAUCUGCAUGUCUCCUUGUGCAGAUCUACUUCAUUUUAAAGCCAUAUUACAAC